UCUAUCAAUAAACACCGUCUCUAAAAUCUCUUUAACUUCUUACUCUUUGGGAGCUGAUCUUGACAUGCACCACAUAAAAGACCAUUCUUUAUGAGAUUGUUCUAAGUUCCAUUAACAGAAAAAAAACAUUGAUUGAGAGUGAUUUGUCAAUGGCCGAUGGAAAAAGUGUUGAGUGUGCAGCACCAGAACUUCUCUGCAAUCAUACAACCAAAAGCGCGUUCCAUGAUGAUGGCGAUUUUGUGGAUCCUUUCAUUCGUUUGAUGAUUGAGAGAGAAAAGGAAUAUUUGCCUAAAACUGAUUAUAUAAGAAAACUGAGAAGUGGGGAGUUGGAUAUGAGUGUAAGAAGAGACGCAUAUGAAUGGAUUUCAAAGGCUCAUGCUGAGUACAAUUUUGGAGCAAUUUGCUUCUGCUUGGCUAUGAAUUACUUUGACAGAUUUUUAUCUGUUUAUGACUUGCCAACAGGUAAAACAUGGGCAAUUCAGUUGGUGGCUGUGGCUUGUUUAUCACUAGCAGCCAAAAUGGAGGAGAUUGAAGUCCCUUCCACUGUGGACUUACAGGUGGGGGAACCAAAAUUUGUGUUUGAAGGGAAAACCAUACAAAAAAUGGAGCUUUUGAUAUUGGCUAUCUUGAAGUGGAAAAUGCAAGCUUAUACUCCAUGCAGUUUCAUAGACCAUUUCCUCAAGAAGAUCAAUGAUGAUGAAGUUCCAUCAUGGCCCUUGAUUACUAGAUCAAUUCAACUCAUCAUGAAUACAAUCAAAGGUAUUCAUUUCUUGGAAUUCAGGCCUUCUGAAAUAGCUGCAGCGGUGGCAAUGCAUGUUUUAGGGGAAAUACAAGCAACCAACAUUGAUAAGGCAAUGUCUGGUUUUAUGCUAGUAGAGAAGGAAAGAGCGAUGAAGUGUCUUGAACUGAUUCAAGAUUUGACAACAAUUAGUGGGACAAGUGCUGCUAGUAAUGUGCCACAAAGUCCCAAUGGGGUGUUGGAGGUUGCAUGCUUGAGCUACAAAAGUGAUGAAACAACAGUUCAGUCAUGUUCAAAUUCUUCACACACUAAAAGGAGAAAAGUGGACCAACCAACUUUAGAAAGUGGUGAAUUCAAGUGAAAUAUAUUUUCUUUUACACCCCCAAUAAAUCCAAAAUCAGUUUUGGUGAAUAGGACUGAAAAAAGUGCCCAUUAAAAAAACCAAAGAAUUUGAUGGGUUGAAAAAAGAGGAAGAGGUCCCAUGCUUUGAACAUGAAAAGAAAUGUUCUUAGCUGUCAAUGAUCAGACAUGUCAAUAAACGCAGUAAUUGUAGAAUGGUGGAGAGAACAAAUUUUUGGGAAUUAGAGCCACAUUUUGUGUCUGUGGUGAGAAGGGGAAUAUAUCCGGUGAUGGCAAGUGUCCCUCCCCAUAAAAGUUCUCUCUUCCUCGUCUUAUUCUUGAUGAUGCUUGUGUUACAUUGUUAUA